AUUUUGGUUGUGGGCAUUCUAUAGCCAGCAUGGCGUCUAUGGGCAGCUGAAGGCCUUCGUCGCGCGGCUGUGACGUCCCUACGGCGCGACUCGCCAUGCUGCUGCUUGCCAGAGAUCAACACAUUCUCAGGUUCAAGCCGCCUUCGCUCAGUUCCAUCCUGAUUCCUGUGGAUCUAAAGACUGCGAACAGCUGGGAUAGAAGAAAUCUUCCGUUUGUUCAUAUUGUGUUGUGAUGUCUAGAUGAAUUGUGCUUAACACCUCGUUGAACUCAUGAAAGCAUGUAAAUCAGAAUGAAGAAUCAAAGGAAAUGAAUAUUUUGUCAUCAUGCAUUUUGGAAGGAAGUAUUUUCUUUGUGUGCUGAAGUCCAGUGUUGGUCACUUCAACAACUGCUCCAAUUUUUUCUCUUCUCAAGUCCUAAGACCUUUUCAUCAAAGACAGCUACAAGUGUGUAGGUUUUCAAAGUGCUUUAGAAAUACCUGCGUAGUUCCUGGUUCCCAUCAAAGUGUUCAGUCCUGGAGAUUCUUUUCCUAUAAGGAUCUUCUGAAGUCAGAAAAGGCAAACUGGAGGGCUUGUUCAUCAAAUUACACAGAUUUGACAGAGAGAAUUAAACGACAAUUAGAAGCUCAUUAUGAGAAGUACUCAUCCAGUUCACACAGCCUGGUGAUUAAGCUUGGCGAGUAUGUUUACUUUGAAGAAAAUGGCUGCAUAUUUCGUUCAAAGUUGGGAGAAGUAGAUGAAAAAAAUAGUGAGGCAUUGCUUAGUACAGAAGCACUACCGUUUCAUGAUUCCUUAAUCCAUCGCAUCCGAAUUUCUCCAGAUCACAAAUAUAUGGCUACUGGGAUUAAAAGUGCAAAUUCUGAAGAAUGUGCAUGUGUCAUUGUGAAAUUAAAUGUAUUACCAAAAGUGGAAUGCAUUAUCCCAAAUGUGUAUAGCUUUGAAUGGGCUACACAUGAGAUUCUGUUCUAUACCAUCCAAAAGAAUCUUCAGUGUCAUGAUGUGUAUCUGUCUGAUUUUAGUAAAAAAUGUUCCAGGUUGGUUUAUAAGGAGCAAGAUGCAAGGUAUUUUGUGGAUCUCUACCUUACAAAAGAUAAGCACUUUCUGACUAUAAACAGUAAUAGCAAGUCUACCUCUGAAGUGUGGUUGGUCGAUUGCUUCCACCCUUUUAAGUCACCUAUUCUUGUGCAACAACGGACUGAAGGAGUCGUUUACCAUGUUGAACACAGAAACAACGAGUUGUUUGUUCUUACUACCUAUGGAGACCCAAUGGGAUACAAGCUGAUGAAGGCUCCAGUUGGUUCAUGUGGUAUGGAGAAUUGGCUGUCCAUUUACACAGUAAAAGAAAAAACAAAAUUAGUUGACUUAGAGAUGUUCAAAGACCACUGUGUUGCUUUCCUGAAGUUCUGUGGUCAGCUCUAUUUGGAUAUUAUUUCACUUGUAUCUAACUCGGUUCACAGAAUUAAGCUACCUGCAUGGGCCUGUUCAUUUGAAUUGGAGCCGCAUCCUGAAUAUACCACCAGCACUUGCUGUUUUUGGCUUCUCUCCCCAGUUCAACCUCCAGUAUGCUUUGCAUAUUCACUGGUAGAAAACAAGAUUGUUGAGCACACUGCACAAGAGGUACCAAUUACCGUGAAUUGUCACACCAUACGUUUAGAAGCUAAGAGCAAGGAUGAAACUUGGGUGCCAAUUACAGUUUUUCAUACAGCCAAUUCUAUAGAGCUAUGCAGGAGACCACUUCUGAUUCAUGUAUAUGGAGCUUAUGGCAUAGACUUGAACAUGAGCUUUAAAGCAGAAAAUCUCAUGUUAAUCAAUGAUGGGUGGAUAUUAGCAUUCUGCCAUGUUAGAGGUGGAGGAGAAUUAGGCCUGAGUUGGCACAAAGAUGGAUGUCUAAAGAAGAAGCACAAUGGUAUCCAAGAUCUUCAGGCCUGUAUCAGGUUGUUGCAUGACCUAGGAUAUUCCGAGCCAUCACAUACAGCCCUAAUGAGCCUGAGUGCUGGAGGAGUUCUUGCAGGAGCCCUCUACAAUAAUGACCCUCAUCUUAUCAGAGCCAUGGUUUUGCAGGCCCCCUUCCUGGAUGUUCUAAAUACUAUGCUAGACCCUCAUCUCCCCCUGACUAUUGAAGAGCAAGAAGAAUGGGGCGAUCCAUUGACAGAUGAGACUUGCAAGAAGUAUAUUAAAGGCUAUUGUCCAUAUCAGAAUAUUAGGCCACAGAAUUAUCCUUCUCUUCUCAUCACAGUCUCUGAAAACGAUCAACGAGUACCUCUGGCAGGGUUAUUAAGAUACAUCUGUAAACUUAGAAAAGCUGUACAAGACCAUGCCCAAUCCAGCAGCCAAAAUGAGAAAGGACCUCAGGCACCUAAUAUCAUCUUAGAUGUGCGGUCAGGAAGCAGUCAUUGUGCCCCUUCAUGGGAGGAGUCCUUCAAUCAGGAUGGAGCUUCUGUGAGUUUGAUGUCCAAAGUAUCUGGGGAAGGGUCAAAAAAUUUUCCACUCCUGCUAUAUACAGCACAUACAGUUGGAUUGACGAGCUGAGAUGCUAUGCACAGUAUAAGAGUUUCACAUGUGGAACUCUACUGCGGCUCACCACUCACCACUCCCAGUAUUCAUGGUUUUCCUUGUAUGUCCAUUCCAUGACUAGUGGACAACACAAGGGGAUUGUAUCCUCCAUAGCUAGACUCAAACAGAUGACAUCUUCCAUUAACAUCUGCUGGAAGUUUCAUUGGAUGACAUAAUCAUUCUGUGCCUGGCUACAGGGACAUAGCCAGAAGCUUCUCCAACCCCCUGUGCUCUCCAUCAAUCUCAGAUUGGCUGUUCAGCGGAUCUAUGACAGCAAAGCCAUGAGUCUUAGAGGAGCUUUGGGCAUUGCAGAGAGUGGAACAGAAUACCAAUCUCCACUUUGACCAAAAAAAAAAGACGUGUUCAGGUAUAAGAUGGGCUUACACUUGUGUAUGCUACUGACAGGAUGCUGGCCACAUUCUCCAUCUCAUAGUUGGAAAGCUUCCCUGGUUCUAGAAGAGGCUUCUGAUCCAACAGAAGAACCCCAUUAGUGAAUUGAAAGAGGAAAUCACUAUGAAUUACCUGCAGUCCCCCUAUGCUUCUCCCCAAAUCUACUCCAUGAGGUUGAAGGGCCCUCUGGAAUAGCAGGAGAGGAAGGAUUCAGAACUAUUUGGGGGGGGGAUCAGCAAAGAUUGUUUUCUCUAC